AUGGACCCUCAUGGAUCAUGGAGGACCAGCAAGUCGAAAGCUCAUCUAGCUCAGGUGGAUGAUACUCGUUCAUCCUCCGAGAGCAGCCAUCAAGGGUGGUCCGGGACCGAGUGGAAUACAAGUACGAACCCUCGACCAUCCCUAUCUUCAAGCGAUGAGCACGUACCGCCCUCCCAACCAUCCGAGCCAUAUGGCAGUAUACCCAGUAUAUCCCACCGACGAUCGACCAUCUCACGACCUUCGCUACAUACAGCAGGGUCCAAUAUCUCUUUAGAUGCUCUCAACAACACGCAACAUCCAUACGGUAGUUCUGGCUCAGCAAUAUUAGAUAUCAACAGCACAUCUCCUUCACCACUCUCCAACGGAUAUACUUACGGUCAACCUGGACCGUCCAACCUCGGUGGUAGUUCUUCAUCUUACGCUUCGACUUCAUACGCCAGAUCAAGAAGGAGGGAGACUGAGAUAGAGAUGGAAUCGGAGGAUGAGAAUGUACAUCAUCCAUCAACAGCUGGUCAUCCCGGAACAGGACCAGGAGCGGGAAUAUCGAAACAUCAAAAAAGAGGUAGAGGAGGUUCAUUCAGCUUACCAUUCCAUCGUACGAAAAGGAGAUUAUCAUCUUCAUUACCUUGGCCUGCAAGGUGGUGGCCUGGUGGUGGGGGUAGUCCGUCUACUAGUGGGAGUGGUCGAAAUCAAAGGAAAACUUUAAGAAAUCUGUUAGUGAUGUUGUUGUUAUUCGGAAGUUUAUUAUGGGGAAUAUCAACAUGGAGAUCAAAAUAUGAAAUCCAAAUCGAAUUUUCACUCUUUUCCAAAAAAUGGAUUAAACAAGAGAUAGAUUCUAUAUCACAGUUAAAAGGAUGUUUCCAGAAUCCUUCACCAUAUUACAACAUGACGAAACAUCACGGGGCGAAACGAAAUAUGUUAAACCCAGGUAUAAGUCUGAAAAGGGGUAUGGCAUGUUAUGAUUUUUCUUCGACCAUCCAACCCAACCCGUUUUCUGAAUUAGAUGGAAACCGCGAUAAAUUAAUAUAUCAUACAUAUUGGAGAUCAGAUUUGAUCCAGUUUGGUUCAAGACAAAUAACGACUUUUCAAUCUUUCCUUGCUACUCAACCACUACAAUAUUCCAAAAUAAUUUUAUGGACCAAUGGUAAAUCGAUACUGGAAAAUAAUCCAAUACUUCAACCGUAUCUGAUCAAAUGGGGUGAAUAUAUAGAAGUCAAACAGGUUGAUAUGGAUUAUCUUACUAGAGGUACAGAUUUAGAAAAGGUGAUGGGUAAUGGGAAAGGAGAUGUAUUCGAUGGGAAGGGGUGGGUGGACGGUGAUGCGAUUAGAUUAUUGGUUUUAUGGCAUCAUGGUGGAAUAUGGUUGGAUAUGGAUCAGAUAUUGACGAGGGAUCUACAUCCUUUGAUAGAGGAGGAGUGGGUAACUCAAUGGGAUUGUUAUGACAAACCGUACUAUUCCCUUAAUGGCGCUUUAAUGCAUUUCGAGCGUCACUCCCCUUACCUUUGCGAAGCCUUCCACCUCAUGGCUUCUUCACCAUUCCCAAAACCCAAUACCUUUACAUGGGGAUCUCACCUCUAUUCGAAACUUCACCGAGCCCUCUUAGCAGCUCAUAUAAGACCAUUCGGCGUAUUACCAUGGUGUUUCGCCGAUCCAAGAAAUUGUCGAACGGAUAAUCGUUUCCCGGAUCCUUUCUUACCUGAUCCGCCCAUUUUCGCAGGUAAGAAAUGGCAUAGUGAAGGUGGGAGAGAGGAAUUGGAAGAGAGAGUUGGUCAAGUAUGGUCAUUGCAUCUGCAUAAUCAGUGGAUGAAGAGUUUCCCAACAGAUGGAUGGGUGCAGAGAUUAGUGGAUGGGUAUAUAGGACAGUUAGAAAGGUUGGAAAUUUAUGCUAGGGCCAAAGGGCUUGUAGGGGCUGAUGGGAAGAUCAGGUUAGAAGAGGGCGAAUGA